CAGGUACCGGAUUGUCUGGCUCGACAGCGGGCAUCGGGUCACCAGGUAUGACAGCGGGCACUGGGUCACCAGGCAUCAGGUCAUUUGGCUUGCCAGCGGGCACCGCGUCAUCUGGCAAGGCAGUGGGCACCGGGUCACCAGGCAUUGGAUCGUCUGGCUCGACAGCGGGCACUGGGUCACCAGGCAUCAGGUCAUUUGGCUUGCCAGCGGGCACCGCGUCAUCUGGCAAGGCAGUGGGCACCGGGUCACCAGGCAUUGGAUCGUCUGGCUCGACAGCGGGCAUCGGGUCACCAGGCAUCAGGUCAUUUGGCUCGCCAGCGGGCACCGCGUCAUCUGGCAAGGCAGUGGGCACCGAGUCACCAGGUACGACAGCGGGCUCUGAGUCAAUUGGCACGACAGCGGGCACCGGAUCAGGUACCGGAUCAUCUGGAUCAACAGCGGCAUCGAGUCAACUG